UACAAGAUAGCAUUUCUAGACAUGCCUCAUCACUUUGCCUCCUCUUUUGUCUUAGAGCUGGGGAAGGAAGAAGAAAAAGUGUUUGAUCCAGAUUCUUUGGAUGCCGAUCGCUGUGAGAGCUGUUACGGGGCAGAGUCAGAGGACAUUCGGUGUUGUAAUACUUGUGACGAUGUCAGAGAAGCAUACAGGCGGCGAGGCUGGGCCUUCAAGAACCCGGAUAGCAUAGAGCAGUGCAAGAGGGAAGGGUUUAGCCAGAAAAUGCAAGAGCAGAAGAACGAGGGCUGCCAAGUGUAUGGUUUCCUAGAGGUCAACAAGGUAGCUGGAAAUUUCCACUUUGCACCAGGAAAAAGUUUCCAACAGUCUCAUGUCCAUGCGAUGACACUGCUGCGGUGAGGAGGGCAUUGUUGAAGUUUUGUUACAGAGGUUUAGAACCAUCGUGAACAAAUAGAAGUGUUUUCUGGAGGUGCUGCCACAUGGGUGUGGAAGAACUUGGGAGGAGAAUGUUUAUGGGCAGUCUGACAGUCUCACUGGUUCCACAGAACUGCUGCUCUGAUGUACAACAACCUCAAGUAAAUGGUUGGAAGGGACCAUUAAAGGCCAUCUAGUCCAACCCCCCUGCAAUGAGCAGGGACAUCUGCAACUAGAUCAGGUUGCUCAGAGCCCCGUCCGGACUGACCCGAGUGUUCCCAGGGAUGGGGCAUCUGCAACUUCUCUGGCAACCUGUUCCAGUGCCUCACCGCCCUCACAGUAAAAAGUUUCUUCCUUAUAUCUGGUCUGAAUCUACCUUCUUUUAGGUGAAAACUAUUCCCCUUCAUCCUAUCGCAACAGGCCCUGUUAAAAAGUCUGUCCCCAUCUUUCUUAUAAGCCUCCUUUAAGUACUGAAAGGCCACAGUCAGGUCUCCCUGGCGCCUUCUCUUCUCCAGGCUGAACAAGCCCAACGUUCUCAGCCUUUGCUCACGGGAGAGGUGCUUCAGCCCUCAGAUCAUCUCCGUGGCUUCCUCUGGACCUGCUCCGACAGGUCCAUGUCUGUCUUGUCCUGAAGACCCCAGAGCUGGACACAGCACUCCAGGUGGGGAGUUCUCUCUUGCUUUCCUAGUUAUUCAUAACACAUGAUUUCCCUUUUUUCCUAACCUUUUUCUGGGCAGUGUUUUCAUGGCACCAAGAAACAACCAAGGAGUUUUCUCAGACCCGUGAGGAAAAUGGACAUCUUGGAGCCUGGUCUUUCUUGUACAUGAAGCUGAGGCUGUUUUCUGCCUCAGUAUGACCUUUCUUCAUGAUCUUUUUUUUUUUUUUUUAAACUCUACAGAAAGAAGGAAGGAAGGGGGUUUUUUCCCCUUAAAAAACUUGACUAGUAUUAGUCAGAGGGCAGAGCUCUGUGAGAUAUUUCCUGAGCUCCCUUGGAAAUAUCUCGUUUGGAUCGUAAUUAUAAUAAUAAUAAUAUAUUAUAUUAUAUAAUUAUAAGGAAGCAAAAGGUCUCACUCCGGGCACCGUGGCCUUCAAGAUUCUGUAUAGAAACCGUCUAUCUGUUUAUUCUGCAUUCUCUAGCCAAAACAGGGCCAUCUUGCUGCCCUAAGACUCCCUCCUUUGGCUGCUUCUCAAACCAACCUUGGGGAUCUCCAUCCACAAUGUUCCUAUAAGAGAUAAGCAGACACCAGUGUUUUUAAACACUAACGUGCAAUUGCCACAAGGACCUCUGAUGGUCUCCUGAAAAUCUUUUCUUUUGCAAAGCGACUGUUUGGCAUUUCACUUGUUUUAACACAAAUUCUCCUUCCUGCCUUUAUGCAACACUCAUGUGCCUGAAGGAACCAGAAACACUGGAAAUGCGGAAAAACUAAAAGUGUAAAAAAAAAAAAAAAAAAAAAAAAUUAAAAAUUGUCCACUUGUAAGAAAAGU